AUGCAUCGUCUUUUUACUGAACUGAAGCCAUCUUUUGCCGUCACCAAGCAAAACCUAGCGUUCGGUAUAUCUUACGUUCAAAUAUAUUUGAUGGCGCCGAACUCGAACGGCUACGACGUGAGGCUGUUCCCUCAUGAAAUGAAAAUGCCACGACUGAGGAUGCAGUGCCACAAGUUGCAGAACAAACCGCACACGUGGAUGCCGCCGUGA